UUACCUUUAGCUCUGCCUCUUUUCAGUUUCUUUAAAUUUAUUAUUUUAUUUUACAUACUAUAAAUACAGAAGAGACGAGAAAAAGAGAGAAGAAAGUGAAACCCCACCAUCGCAUCAUGUUUGGCUUUUUCCUUAUGGUAUAUAAAAUAAAUGCUUCUUCAAAAUCCAAUAACUUUGGCCUGCCCUAAACCAAGAAACAUAUCACAAAGUUAUAGGCAUAGGUUUUGCCAACAGACUAGACUACAAUAUAGAGAGACCCUCCCUCUCUUUAUAGAACAAAUCAAGUUAUUGUUUUGCUGUGGUGAAAAACUUGUUGAUAUGGCCAUUCAAGCGGAGUUGUACUCGGAGAAUCUUGGUUUUCCAUUAGGAGUUUCGCAGGAUUUGAUGGAUAAUAAUGCUUGUGGAUUCAAUGAGUUUUCUUUUAACCCUCAACAGCAACAAUAUUACGAGUACCCACAGCAGCAUCAGCAGUUGCAAAAUCUGUACGAAAAAGACCAUCAGAAUUUGAAGCAAUUCGUCCCAAAACAGAACAUCACUUCCCAGAGUCUAACUUCUCAGUUAGAGAAACAGAACAUUGAGAUCAAUCGGUUCAUCAGUUUACAGAAGGAGCGAUUGAGAUUGAUACUAGAGGAGCAAAGAAAGAAACAAAUGGCAUUAAUCUUGAGAAAAUACGAGUCAAAGGCACAGUAUUUGCUAAAACAAAAAGACGAAGAAAUUGCAAAGGCAGCAAACAGGACAAGAGAGCUACAAGAUUUCUUGAAAAGAAUGGAAAUAGAGAAGCAAACAUGGCAGAGAAUGGCCAAAGAGAAAGAAGCAAUGGUGAUGUCACUUAACAUUACCAUGGAACAAUUAAGAGAGAGUGCUUGUUCAUCAACAAACAACAGGGGUACUGCUGAAGAUGCAGAGUCUUGUUGUCAUGUAGCAGAUGAAGAUAAAACAGAACAAGAGUAUGGACAUCAGAAGAUGAUGUGCAAAAGCUGCAAAUCUAGGAAAUCGUGCAUGAUUUUCCUGCCUUGCAGACACCUAUGUUCAUGCAAAUAUUGUGACACUUUUCUCCACUCAUGUCCUGCCUGUAAUAUGUUGAAGAAAGCUAGCAUUGAGGCCUUCAUUUGAUCAUAGUUCGUGGAUAGAUUACUCAGUACUCAUUUAUUUCUUGACUAUCUCUGUCUA